UCAUGAUCGUCUACAUCGGCUUCCUGCACGACCAAUCGUUCUUCUGGCUGUUUCCUUCGUCGAUUCUGUUUCGACGUCGCCCGUUGUGCGGUCUCUCGGGAGUGGUUUAGGACACUUAUCCUCAUCGGCGACGUUAGAUUCGAGGCAGCAUCAAGUACGACGUUUUCGCUUUCGUCUUCAAGCCUCUGAGGAUCGUAGUCUGCUUCCCUGACUUUCGAACCAUGGCACGAGUGCGUGAUACGGAGUACAUCAGUGCCUCAGAUCCCAACAAAGCAACUGCAAUAGUUGGCACAGUCUUCAUGCCUUCGACUACUUUCGAACAUCCCGGCGCCGUCGCCAUUCCUUCUUCGAUGAAAACCUAUCCGCUCCGCCUACCCAGCUAUCGUGCCUCAUACCUGGGCAGAUAUCAUCCUUACAGCAGAAAGUCAAACAAGCCCGUAGACCUGAUGAAAAGAAUUGACCUACCAUUUGAGCAGUCAGGGCGACUCAGCUCCGCAUUGUCGGUAGUUUCGGAGGAAGAUGAAUAUGAAGAAGCAAUUAUCGAGCCGCCUGCAAAUUCCUAUGAACAACCCAAGCUCAUCAUCAUAGAACGCCAGCCUGCUACGUACACCAACUUGGUCCGGCGGAUGAAUGCUUUUGCUAUAGCUCUGGUUCGUCACAUUCGGAGGAGAAGCACGAUGAAACCCGAAGUGUAACCAUCUCGCGCUUAGUGCUCAUCCUCUGUAGUGAGUCUUCUUGAUUAUAUUUCUUAGUCCCCAACACCCGUCGCGCCGCUAAUGUAGAUACGACUUGUACUUUACCAUGGACCUAUAUUGCUUCUCGGACAUACAUUCGCAUAGUCACCCUGCUCACUUGUAUAUACCUAGAGUUUGAAUGAAAAAAAAUAUGGCUACGUAUUGGUUGGCUUA